AUACUUUUAUAACCGUGUGUUAAAAACGGUUAAAAUAGUAAUUGUAUUUGCAAUAACACUUGCAAAACAUUUGCUAGAAUAAUAUAUUUGCAAAUGCGAUUACAAAUGACUUAUGUUCGCAAGAUUUAUAUAAGAAUUUUCGAAAUAACAUUUUCAAACUGAGCUUCAAAAACGGUUAGCAUUGCAACAAUAUUUGCAAUAACACUUGCAAUACACUUUGUCAGAAUAUUAAUUUUGCAAAUGUGAUUGGAAAAGACUUAUGCUCGCUAUAAUUUUACAAAUGUCUUUGCCAAGCAGGGUUUUAAAAACGCGUAGCAUUGUAACUGUUUGCAAUAACAUUUGUUAUACAUUUCGUGCGAACAACAAUUUCGCAAAUGUGUUUGCAAACGACUUAUGCUUGCAACAGUUUUACAAAUGUUUUGUAAAUUGUAUCCCGUUAUUUUAACAGGAGUGUUUUGCAAUAUUCUGAUUUACUUCAUUCUCCGAGUUUUAUUUGAAGAGUGAAGAUUAAAAAGUGCCCAAUAAAAAGUGAACGUAAAAAUAAAAGUCAACUUAAUUGAAUAAUUAUUAUAUUAUAUAAUUGACACAGUUAUACACUAUGACUGAGGACAGUAACAUAAAUUUCAACAACAUAUUCAACAACUCGCAUAAUCUUACUUCCUUACAACCAGUAUUAAAUAAUAUGGGCCCCCUACAACCUGUGACACUAGAAGGGAUGGUGGCACAUUUUUCAAAAGCAAUUGAACCCAUGUUUAUUAGGCUUACUAAUGAAGUCACUUCAUUACGUCAUGAAAUAAAUGUCCUGCGUAAUGAAGUUAAGGAAUUGAAGAAGGAGAAAUCGCUUGUUGAGUUGUUGAUGCCUGAAAGCCCUUUUAAAAAUAUAGACGAGUUUAUGGAUUUCGAAAAAAAAUUGCAGGAAGACAAAAAGUUUUUGAAUAUGUUUGGAAAGGAGCUGUUAACGGUUGCCAAAACUCCAAAUUUUACAAAAAACUGUUGGCGAAAGCUACUAGUAGACGAACUGGCGCAAAAGAUGUGUUGGAAGGGGACAGAGGAGAAAAAAAGUGUACGCAGCCUCAGUUCAGCAAAAGCAAUAAGAAAUGCAGCAAUUUCUAUUGGAUUGAGCGAGGAUGAAUAUAUAAAAAGCACAAAAUCUUUUUUCCAGUUCGCGAAAAAUAGGCAAGAAUCAAAACAAAAAUAUACUCCAAAGACAAAAAACAAAAAUUAAUUUUUUUCUUAUGUUAGUAAUAUACCUUAUAUUAAUAAUACACCUGAUAAAAAUGUACAAAAUAAAAAUUAAACUAUAAAAAAUAAUAAAAUUAAAAGGUUUAUAAAACUAUUA